UGUUUCAGUCACCACAAUCCAAGACUCUCACGCUGACUAACAUAAACACCCGAAGGAGGAAAAGUGUUACCAAGGGAUUCUUCUUCCAAGCAUUCGUGGUGUCCUAAGUUGAGGUCGAUUGUUUAAGGAGGAAAGAUGAGUAAUCCCCAGCUUCAGAAGAUCCCUGCACCCAGUGUGGUCGUUACAAAGAUGAUGUCUCCACCUCCAGCUCACAAAAACAUUGUGUUCAAAAAGACUACCACUGAUAAGUCGAUCGCUGUCUACUUGGGCAAACGAGACUUUGUGGAUCACGUCAGCCAUACAGAUCCUGUGGAUGGUGUGCUUGUAUUGGACACAGGCUACAUAAAGGAUAGAAAAGUGUUUUGCAGACUGCUCUGUGCAUUCCGCUACGGACGAGAGGACAUCGAUGUUUGCGGGUUGAAGUUCAGAAGGGAUCUGUACAUGACCACAGUUCAAGUCUAUCCACCACCAUCAGGUGAAAAGCCUAAACCCCACACCAAGCUCCAAGAACGUUUAGCAAGAAAGUUUGGAGACAGAGCUUAUCCAUUCUGUUUUCAGUUCCCAGACUAUCUGCCCUGCUCUAUAACCUUGCAACUGGGUCCAAAUGAAAUUGACAAGUGCUGUGGAGUGGACUUUCAAGUCAUCGCAUUCUGUGCGAAGAGUUGCAGCUACGAUGAAAAAAUCUCCAAAAAGAGUACUGUGACGAUGGUUAUCCGCAAAGUGCAGUAUGCUCCUGAUAAACCAAUUUUUCAGCCAAUGGCCAAAACGAGCAGACAGUUCCUCAUGUCAGACAAACCUCUUCACUUGGAAGUGACACUUAAUAAAGAGAUCUUUUACCAUGGUGAACCAGUUCAAGUGAGUGUUGAGGUGAUCAACCAUUCCAACAAGACUGUGAAGAGGAUCAAAAUAACAGCUAAUCAGAUUUCAAAUGUGGUCCUAUACUCACAUGACAAGUACAGCCAGGCAGUGGCUGAACAGGAAGCAGAGGAACAGAUCAGUCCAGGUUCUACUCUGAACAAGGUCUACUCGCUCUAUCCCGUAAUUGCCAAUAACCGUGAGAAGCAUGGCUUGGCCCUGGAUGGAAAACUCAGACACGAGGACACCAACUUGGCUUCUACCACCAUCUUAAAGGAAGGAAUAGAUCGGGAAGUUUGGGGAAUUCUUGUUUCCUAUAAAGUUCAGGUGAAGCUAAUUGUUUCUGGAAUGCUGGGAGAUGUGUUGUUCAGUGAUGUUGCUGUGGAGUUACCUUUCAUGCUCAUGCAUCCCCCACGAGAGGCCUCAGCGGUGCUGAUGGCGAUGACAUUGACUUUGAGGACUUUGACUGUCGUGGCCCAAUGGCAGUAACAGAGGAUCUCAAGGAAGGGCAGGAAUCUGACUCUUCAGUUCCCUGAUCUGACCUUCAUCAGAAUCCAGCCAUUUCCGUGUAAAUGAAAGAAACGAAUCUGAAAAUAUGUCACUAUUUAGAGUAAUUGUUUUAGAUUUUAUGCUUUAAGUAGUUAUCUCAACACUCCCUGGUCUGUUUCCUUCCUUGUAACUUAGGGGUGACCACCCCCCCGUAGCUCCUAAUUAUCACUUCCUCAUUCUCCUGAGA